CAAAGUGGGGCACGUGGCAAUUGCUAAGCACCUUAAUUGUUUCCCGCCAGAAAUGAAAGGCCACGACUAGAAGUCUAGAAGUCUAGAACGGGGAUUGUUUAGUUUCAUCUUCUCCCAUCAAAAGUCUAGAAGUCUAGAACUCUCACCAAAAGUCUUUCCCCCCAAAAAACCUCGUCGUAACCCUAAACCCUAACACAUUUCAAUUCAUCGACGGUAAUCAAUUGCAGAAUUCUGGACCAGGUAUUUUUUUGUUUCCUUUCCUUAGGAAAACAUGUCAGGGCCAUCUAGGGUUAACAGAACUGACGAGGAGCGAGCAGAAGAUGCUCGACAGGGCUUAGCAAAGUUGAUAUGUUACCAUAAAAUGGCACCACACACGAUCUGUAGUGGAGGUUUGGUAGAUUUAAAUUGUGACAUCAAGCCUGACCUGGUUUCAAACUUCAAUUUUGAGAUCCUUGAGCGUAAUUGCUUGAAAUUAUACAAGGCAGAGCAAUGUAUCGCGAAGGAAACUUUCUCAAAACUUGCUGGACAAAUCAGUCUCUCGGUGGAUUUACUUGCUCACGAGAAGUGAGGGGAUCAAUAUCUUUGCUUAAGUGCUCAAUUCAUCGAUGCUGAUUGGAAACUCCGAAAAUGGGUUAUUAAGUAUUGUGGUGUUUCCAAUAUGAAUAUGGACCUGCCAUCUGAAGCCAUUUUGAAGUCUCUGAAAGAGUAUGAUAUUGAGACCAAAAUACUCUCUUUGACUGCUGCAGGAACUGGUGACUUGGCUGAUAUUGUGAAGGAAAAUGUUCAAGAACGGUCGAAGCUCCCAAUGAAUGGUAAAUUGUUUCAUGUGCAUUGUAGUAGUGAUAUCAUAAGCCGUAUGGUUAAGAAAGGAUUUGAGGAGAUUGAUGAAAUCAUUGACAAAGUUAAAUUGUUAGGUGGGUCCAAAUCACCGCCUUUAUGGAAUCUUACAAGCUCUAUGCUUUCAGAUGCCUUUACAAAAUUUUCUAAGAAGGAACGGGAAAAGGUCAGGAAGAUUUGCGAAAUUGCAGACAGAAUUUAUGAAAUAACUGAAGCAUUAUUUGAGUUUAAGAGGCCAACACCUAAUCUGUUUCUACCACACCUUCAGGAGAUUCGGGCUUACCUUGUUCAAGAGUUGGGCAGUUCAGAUACAUUUGUUAGUCUUGUGGCACAGAAAAUGCUCGCGAUCUUGAAUAAGUACUGGGAUGAUAUGUGUGUAGUGCUUUCUAUUACUGCCCUUCUGGAUCCCCGUUACAAAAGGAAAUUCAUAGAGUUAUGUCUGUCUGACUCGCGUGCAACCACUGUUUUGAGGAACCUUUGCCAGGUAUAUGAUGGCUACGUGGUGCAAUGUGAUCAAAAGGAGUAUCUAUUGAGCGAUUCAAGUACUGAGUCAGGUGAAGAUGAUGAGGAUGGGGAUGAGGAUGAGAAAAGGUCUAGAAGACAUGCCAAUAAAAAACUUCGUAAUAAUCGUCUGGAAAACCUGAACGUAGUAAAAGAGUAUUUCCAGUCAGUUCAAUCUGAGGAUGAUGAAUCUCAAUGGUCAGAUUUGGAUUUGUAUCUUGAAGAGCCGGUCUUACCGCAGAUGGAGAACUUCAGCGUGUUGCACUGGUGGAAAGAAAACGAGUUCAAGUAUCCUCAGCUUUCUAGGAUGGCUCGCGACUUCCUGGCUAUUCCUCUGUCUGUUGCGACUCACUCUGACGCAUACUACACUGAGCCAAGGGAAGCUGAUUGGAGAUUGUUGUCUUUGAAACCUGAACUGAUGAAUGCCUUGAAGUGCACUAGGAGCUGGAAAUUUGGUUAUGUGAAAAGUAAUAUAAGCUCCUCCGAGGCUCAACAGAACUUUUUUGCGGCCGUCAUGAGAUCAUGAGUGGAGCUGUGGGAGAGUACAGGUAUAGAAUGAUAGUCUUCUAGUCUAUGAAACUUUUAAGUUUUUUUAACUUGACGACUUCUGCUGAUUUUUUUUUUUAAUUGGUAGGAAAUGAACUACUUGUAUCAAAUCAAACACGAUUUAGCUGAAGUUUUUGUAUUGGCAUUGUAGAUAUUGAUAAAGCAUACAAGAGCUACCUCAAUGCCCCCUCAAAGAACAAGUCCUAAAGUAUCACUCAGUAUCAGUAACGAGGUUUAACAUCCCUUCUAGGAAGAACAAUUAAACCAUCUCAUGUAGUCAUAUAUGCUAAACUAGUAAACUCCCACAGCAAUCGCAUAAACACGCAUAAAUUAUUUUUAAUUUUUUUGUUUUUAACGGGUAUUUGGGUACCCGUUUAAUUAAAAGAGCGGCCCAUGCCUCGACCCGGUACCCGGUAAAUAUUCCGGGUCGGGUACCCGUCCCAUUUAUUUUAGAAAAAUAAGAAAAUUACCCGGUUUAUUUGCGCCGGGUCAGCGGGUCAUCGGGUCGGGUAUUUUUGAACACCCCUAUGGUAAAU